UUUAAAGAGAGACGUGUCGUGUCAGUCGGCUGAAAGUCAAUUUUUCACAAAAUCGAAUUGCUGGAACUAAUGUAUGAAAAAACAUUUCUUUAAUAGUUUUCGGUGUUUUACGAUAAGAAGAUGCCGGCUGUAAGCUCAGUGAAGCCGGCCAACGGCCCCAACAAGGGGUUGUUUAAUAACACGACCGGCUUCAGUACGCUUAUCACUGUUACGGUUCUCACGUUGGCUUGGUUGGCCGGGUUUGCUUCUCGGCUUUUCGCUGUUAUACGGUUUGAAAGUAUUAUUCACGAGUUUGACCCAUGGUUCAACUACCGAUCUACCGCUUAUAUGGUACAGCACGGGUUUUACAACUUUUUGAAUUGGUUUGACGAACGAGCAUGGUACCCCUUGGGGCGCAUUGUCGGCGGUACCGUGUACCCGGGCCUUAUGAUCACUUCAGGGACCAUACACUGGAUCCUUCACACAUUGAAUAUCCCUAUUCAUAUAAGAGAUAUUUGUGUGUUUCUAGCACCGGUUUUCAGUGGUCUGACAGCCAUAGCGACAUAUUUGCUAACAUCGGAGCUAUGGUCCCGUGGAGCUGGUCUGUUUGCUGCCUGCUUCAUUGCUAUCAUCCCCGGCUACAGCAGCCGGUCCGUAGCUGGCAGUUAUGACAACGAGGGAAUUGCAAUCUUUGCUCUGCAGUUCACCUACUAUCUUUGGCUGAAGAGUGUGAAGAGUGGUUCUAUUUUCUGGUCUAUCUGCACUGCUAUUUCUUACUUUUACAUGGUAUCAGCAUGGGGAGGCUAUGUGUUCAUCAUCAACCUGAUUCCCCUGCAUGUGUUUGUGCUGCUCAUCAUGGGCCGGUUCUCACAGAGGCUGUUUGUGAGCUACUCUGUCUUCUACAUAGUUGGCUUGCUGAUGUCUAUGCAGAUCCCGUUUGUUGGCUUCCAGCCUAUACGGACUAGUGAACAUAUGGCUGCUUCAGGUGUGUUCGCCCUCAUGAUGGCGGUCGGCGCCCUCAAAUACCUGCACAUGCUGAGUCCCAAGGGCCAGUUUAAGCAGCUACUGAUAGUCGGGGGGCUGGUCGCCGCCGCGCUCGUGUUCUUGGCCGUGGUCGCGUUGACCUACAUGGGCGUUAUCGCUCCGUGGAGUGGACGGUUCUACUCGCUCUGGGACACAGGCUACGCCAAGAUCCACAUCCCGAUCAUCGCGUCCGUGUCCGAGCACCAGCCGACCACUUGGUCCUCGUUCUUCUUCGACCUGCACGUCCUCGUGUGCACAUUCCCCGUGGGCCUGUGGUAUUGCAUCAAGAAUGUCAAUGAUGAGAGAGUGUUUGUGGCGCUGUACGCCCUUAGCGCCGUAUACUUCGCCGGUGUCAUGGUGCGACUGAUGUUGACCCUGACGCCCGUGGUGUGCGUGCUGGCCGGGAUCGCGUUCUCCAUCCUACUGGACCUAGUAUUACGUGAGGACGAGCUGCCCGUCGCGCCCUCUGACUCGGAUGAGAAGAACCUCUACGAUAAGGCGGGCAAGCUGAAAAAGCGCACGCUGGAGCCGACUCCCCCGGCAGACUCGGGGCUCGGCAUGAACGUGCGCUCCGGCACGCUGAUCGCGUUCAUGAUCCUGCUGAUGCUUUUCUCCGUGCACUGCACCUGGGCCACGUCCAACGCAUACUCCAGCCCCAGCAUCGUGCUGGCCAGCUACGGGAACGACGGUUCACGCAAAAUCCUGGACGAUUUCCGCGAAGCUUACGGUUGGCUAUCACAGAACACCGCUGAAGACGCGAGAGUCAUGUCCUGGUGGGAUUAUGGUUACCAGAUAGCAGGCAUGGGAAAUAGAACAACUCUAGUCGAUAACAACACGUGGAACAAUUCUCACAUCGCGCUAGUCGGCAAGGCCAUGGCGAGUAAUGAAAGCGCCGCUUAUGAAAUAAUGACCAUGUUGGACGUAGACUACGUUCUCGUGAUAUUUGGCGGUGCCAUUGGCUACUCCGGCGAUGACAUCAACAAGUUCAUAUGGAUGGUCAGGAUCGCAGAAGGAGAGCACCCUAAGGAUAUUCAUGAAGCGGACUAUUUUACAGAGAGAGGGGAAUACCGAAUAGAUUCUGAAGCAUCGAAAACGAUGUUAAAUUGUUUAAUGUACAAGUUAUCAUAUUAUAGAUAUGACAGCGGCGGCAGCCCGCCGGGCUACGACCGGACGCGCGGCGCGCUGCCCGGCCACCGCGGCUUCCGCCUCACCUACCUCGAGGAGGCCUACACCACCGAGCACUGGCUAGUGAGGAUAUACAGGGUUAAAAAACCGGACGAAUUCAAUCGUCCGCGACUGCCGUUAGCGAAGAGGACGAUUUCUACAUCCAGUGGUUUAUCCAAAAAGCAACCGCUAUCAGUAGCAGAGUCGGACACGACUUCACGAAGAAGAAAAGGUCUCCUAAAGAAUAAGCCCACGGUCGUCAAGGGCAAGAAAAUAGGCCGACUGGAGUGACGCGGAGCUCGCCGCAACACGAGGUCGUGACUCCGCAUCAGUGGUAAUCUAGGAACCUCUAUAUCGUCUUGCAAUCCCUUCAACUUCAAUAUUUACGUAUCAGAACGAACCGAGUAAUCUUUGAAUUGCCCAUAUGCCGAAACCACCUGCAUUUAAACGUUAUUAACGAUUGAAUGCAUAAUUAAUUAUGUUUUAUGAGGUAACGUAUGACGGAGUUCUCCAUUGCUCGGUUUUAUAUUUAAUACAUUUAGAAUUUUAGAAUCUGUUUGGUUAUCAAUCUAUCUCAAAUCAUAUGUUGGUAUAACUAAAUGGCGUGUUAUAAGAAU